GGAGAUUGGGAGUUCACCUGCUAUGACGUAUGCGGUAUCGGUCGGUAACCUAAAUAGAUAAUUAACUUGGUUUUUCUUCUUGGUUAGUUAGCUGAAUAUAGAAAAGUGUUCAGAAAUCAAUUGUAACGACCGAGUCAUUGGCUACUUCUUCUACAAAUUACAAAAUAAAUUAAUAAAAAAGUUAGACGAAAAGAGGCAACGGGGGAGGUAAGUUAAGAACAGUAAACAUUAUAACUACACUUUUUUUUGUGUGUAUUUUAUUCCACGUAGUUAUUGCCGCAAACCAACUUUUGAGGACAGAUAGAUCUAUAAUCUAUAACAUACUUUGAUAAUUAUUGUGAGCAGACCUUUAUUUUAUUUUAUUUAAUUUAUUUGAGGAAUUUAAAUAUUCAAUUAAUCCAUUAUGCUUUUUAACAAAAGUGUCAAUAAAACGGGUGAAUUAAAUUGGUUUAAUCUGUUUUAUUUUGGAUGUAUUUAGAAAUACAUUUCAAAUGAUGUUACUUAUAACUGACAGCUUGGAUGUGUUGGAUGUCUUAGAUAUCUUGAUGUCUUGGAUGUCUUGAUGUCUUGAUUGAUGUGAUGUUAUGUGUCUCGUCCGUCUGGUUGCCCCUUAUGACUGCCUUCCCUGAUUGGCUGUUUCUCUUGACUGCCUUGCUUGAGUGGGUGCCCUCUUGCCUGUCUUUCUUGGCUGGGUGCUCUUCAAGACAAACUUACUUAACUGGCUCUUCGUCUUGACUGUCUUGCGUGACUGGGUGCCCUCAUGACUGCCGUCCUUGACUGAGAGCCCUCAUGACUGCGUUGCUUGACUGGGUGCCCUCAUGACUGCUUUGCGUGACUGAGUGCCCUCAUGACUGCCGUCCUUGACUGAGAGCCCUCAUGACUGCCUUCCUUGACUGAUAGCCAUCAUGACUGCCUUGCGUGACUGAGUGCCCUCAUGACUGCUUUGCUUGACUGGGUGCGUUGGACUAUGAUAACACUUUCAACAUUCAAAGAUAUGUUAAAAGCCUUCUACGACUAGCCUCGUCACAGUGAGGAUCAUACGUCUUCGAACUGCAACUGAUAUACGACGCGCAAACAUGAUGGAUAUUUAAAUAUUGAGCUAUAGAUAACCUAAUACUUAACAAAUUAAAAGUAGGUUUUGGACAAGGAAGGGGACGCAUUGACCGUCUCAGAUAAAGAAAGGGUGGCAUGGGCAAUUUCAGAAAAGGAAAAGAUGGAAUGUGCGGUUUCUCUGGCCUCCAGCAAAUCUCGAAGGUUUCAUACAGUUUUCAUCGUGCAGGCAAAAAAAAAAAGAUUUUUGAGAUAAUGGAUAUGGAUAUAGUCUUGGGGGGGGGGGGGGGGGGGGGGUGGUUACUGAAAAAGUGCUUAGUGAAAGGAAAGUUGCUCGAUAAUAUCAUGGAGCUCUAUACCAGCUGUCUAUACAACCAAUGAUAUAUAGGGAGACCAAAUGUAGAUUAUGUAACACUUCUCUCAUACCAAAACGUAUUUGCCAGUGCCAGACAUGGCACACACGUUCCCUCCCCUUUUAGCUAAUCUUUGACUCACACUUGGGUUACUCUCAUAAAAUAAGUAAUAUUAGCUUAUCAGGGAUUCUCACCUCUUCAAUGACAACUCUUCAUUCAAAGCAAGGUAACGCUAAACAUAGUAUUUCAGAAAUCAUUUUAAAAGGGCAAAAUGCAAUAUUUUGUUAUUUCCAAUGAUAUCUUUUUACUUCCUUGUUGUAUAGAGCAGAUUAUCUGUUGAUGUCUUUGCUUUCGGACUUGCGUGUUCAAUGUGUUGUGUUUACACAGGUUACGAUAGAAGAACAUCGCAGACAUGAGAAAGAUUCCUCUAUAUCUUCCAACAAUUUUGAUGAGCCUUGUGGUCAGUGGACAAAGUGAUUGCUCAUUUGAUGACUGGUCUGUCAGCUUUGACUCGGCAGGUCUUUCUAAAUGCUCCAAUGAUAAUAUGUAUGUAACAGGUUUCGAUCGGAGUGGAAAUACAGUCGACGAUGGAAUCUAUCAUCUUGAAGGCGCCCAAUGUUGUUCUGCUCAACCAAGCUAUGAAUCCUCUCUACCAGAAACGGUCGUGGUUGAUUGGAGGUUCGUCCUUACUGACAACGACCGGUGGGCCACAUGCCCCGAUGGAUACUUUCUGCAAGGUUUGUUCAGAAGCGACUCGUGGCCUGGCUACCUUCAAAACAUAGAACAAGGACUGUGCGCUAAACCAGUAGGUCAUCCUGAUAACUACGGCUCUUGUUACGAUGAGGACAUCACGUUAUGUUUUGACGAUGAUGGACUUUGUGGCUGUUUAGAAGAUUAUUACAUCACUGGAAUCUACAGAGGAAGUUGCAACAAGCUUAUGUGUAUCGAAACAUUGAAGUGUUGCACUAUGGCUGAAUAGAGGGGUUCUCAACUAGUUCAAGUGGUCUCCACGAUGCACU